AUGCCUUUGCCCAAAGCCGGCAAACGGGGAACCCGAGGACAGCCAGGACGCAGCUUGGGUGCUGUGCCUGAGGGACCUUCAGAAGCGAAAAGGCCGAUCAGCUUCGGCAAUGCGGCGUCGCCGAACGUGGCUGCCGCCGAGGGCAACGAGCCCUCAAAGCUGAAGUCGAAGUUCAGCAGCCUCAGCAGCAAGUCCACCGCCAGCUCCGAGACCACCAUGGAUCACCUCAGCCCGACGGUGGCCAACAUGAUGACGGGAUGGAGGUCUGCAACGGCGGUGCCGACGAUCAACAGCCCGUUGGAAGAGCGGUACAUCGUGACGCGAAGACUGGGCGAGGGGAAGUUCGGAACGGUCAGCUUGGCGGUAAAAAGGGGCACCAACCAGAAGUACGCGGUCAAAGUCAUGCCUGCCUACGGGGAUCAGGAGAUGCACAUCACCAAGUGCCUCAGCCAUCCUCACAUCGUUCGACUCCAUGAGACCGUUCGCAGUCAGAGCUCCCUUUGUCUCAUUCUCGACCUUUGCCUCGGCGGAGAUCUUCACCAGUGGAUCUCCCAGCGCUUUCGAAAGGACAAGGACAAGGGCCCCGGCCAGUACCGCACGCCGCGCCGCAGCGAGGUGGCUACGUUUGUAUGGCAGAUGCUGACGGCCGUCGCAUAUCUCCACCACCACAAGAUUGCCCACCGGGACAUCAAACCAGGGAACCUUCUUUUAGAGGAUCCUUCAGCCCCGAUGACCUUGAAACUCGCAGAUUUCAAUCUUGCGUGCAACUUCCGGAAGGGGCAGAAGCUGUCCUCCCGAUGUGGGUCAUUAAUGUACCUGGCUCCCGAAGUGAUUCACAAGUCUUACACGGAGCGCUGUGAUAUUUGGAGUAUUGGUGUGACUUUCCAGGACUUGGUCACGGGGGAGGCCCUGUGGCAGGCGCAGGAGGAGCCGCAGAUUGAGAAAAUGAUCCUGCAACAAAAACCGGAGCUCCGCAGCAGACACUGGAGCAGCCACGGCGAGGGUGCAAAGGAGCUCUUCUGCCAGCUCACCCUCCGCGAGGAAAUUCAGGGCGAUGACGACUUUUUCCACAGUUCUGUUGCACACCUGCCUGCAAAUGCGAUCAUACGCAACGUGACAUUCGGCCGGGUGCAGCUGGUGGCUUUGCAGAUGGAGUUGACUGUUAGUGCUUUUCGUCAGCUGAAGCUCAUGACCCUGUUGUCACACCAUGCCGAGAGUCAGCUGACGCAGCUUUUCAAGCGAUUUUUUCAACGACAAUACCACUGGUGCGCAGCCAGCAUCCCAGCUCGAUGUCUCGCUCGGGGGGACAACGCAGCCAAUGCCCAGGCGUUGGCCAUGGCAGUUGAGCAUUUUGAGCCAGGGUCGGGUAAGCAAGAAGAGAACCAUGGUGACCUUGGCAUUUACAUCUGUCCGUGCUCUUCUUCGCCUCCGGAGUGCUGUGGGAUGCUUCGUUUUGAGUCCGCUCUGGCCCAGCUAGAGCCGACCCACUCUCGAAGGGCAUCGCCCCUUCCGGACUCCAACCGGGUCCCUUUGUUCCCUCUCGUCUCCGUCGUGGCGCCCGGUGCGGUUUGCUUGGCAACCAUGGCGGCCGGCAUGCAGCAGUCUUCGUCGGCCGAGAGGCUGGACUGGAUGUAUGAGCAGAGUGCGGCAUCCGUCAAGCCUGAUGAAGACACCCUGAUGAAUAUGCCCAUCAACGCCCAGAAGGACAAGGACAUCGAGGAUGUGAAGAAUCUGCAGAACUCGACGGCCGGAUCGCUCUUCUUGUGCAGCGCGACCAAGACGACUGAGGACAUGGUCCGGAAGCUUCGUGAAGAUCCGCUGUUCCAGAUUCGGCGGCAAGAGCACGCUGCCCGAGAAAGCAUGAUGACGAACCCGCUCAUCAUGGCGAAGAUCCAAAAGAAGCAGGAAAAGGAAGCAAAGAAGGCCGCCAAGAAAGAAAAAAAGGCGGCGAAAAAGGAAGAGAAGGCCUUGAAGAAAGUGGCCAAAGCAGCCAAGAAGGCCAAGAAGGACUCUUCCAGCGACUCCGAGCCAGCGCCGCCCCCCCGAGCAGCUGCUCGAGAGGCACCGCCAAAAAGGCCAAGGGAGGAAGAGCCAGACCUUUCUGCACUGGGUCCGAGCAGCGUCGUGGUGAGCAAGCGAAUGGAGCACGAGCAGCGUGUUGCCAUGCAGAAGGAGCAGGCUUUAGCCAGCCGUGGCUUGGGCAGGCGGCUCACCGAAGAGGAGAAAGAGCGCCGGGUGGAACAGAUGCGGGUGGACGCCAAGAAGCACGAGAAGAUGAAAGAUAACCGUAUCGCCAGCACUGAAGAGCGUGAAAAGCAAAUCGAGGAAUUGGAGGCCAAGAUGCGCGACAAAUCCGACCAGAAAUACUUCCGAGACUUGCGCAAGGACGCUUAUGCCGGCGAUGCAGAGAUGACGAUGGCUGAUCGGCUUCAGACCCAGCGUCACCGCCGGCAGAAGCACCUCAACGAUCCACUAGAGCGAGAUUGA